GAGGAGGAGUUUCCGGAACCGGGGCCGGUGAUUGGGGCUCGCGCAUGAGCCGUUACCCGGCUGGGGGAGAAGCUUAAUGCACCUGCAGCCAUGGACCGGGUUCUGAGAGCACACAGCUUAAAAUCCGAGCCUGGAAACAUCUUGGACGUCUUGGAGGAAAGAAGGCGGGGCAGCGAUAUAGGCCACGCCCUCAGGACUUUUAGCGCUCUGCCGUAUCGAGGGGCCACGCAUCUGUCUCCGAGCGCCCUCAACAGGAUGGUGCAGGAGUCACAGUAUCUACGCUACGUUAUCUCCGAGAUAGCCGAGGAGUCGGGCGAGCCGCGCGAGUGUGUGAAGGAGGAGGCUGUGAGCAUCUUGGAGGAGAUGAGUCAGAACCUGCAGCUGAACUUCAUCCGCCUCAUGGGGUUCACUCUCACCAAAGUCUUCAAGAGGCUCUUCAGCUCCUUACGGGUGAACGAGGACGGACUUGCGCGGCUCCAACAGGCCAUUCAGGAACAUCCGGUCAUUCUGAUGCCCAAUCACAGGAGCUACAUCGACUUCCUGGUCAUCUCCUACAUCAUGUUCACCUACGAUCUGCCCAUCCCCGUCAUCGCUGCUGGAAUUCCGCUGAUGGGAAUGUCUCUGAUCGGUGAGAUCCUGCGCCGGUCCGGAGCCUUCUUUAUUCGGCGCGCGAUUGGUUCGGAUAAGCUCUACUGGGCCGUACUCUCGGAGUACGUCAGGACCAUAGUGCGGACGGGUUUUGCUCCGCUGGAGUUUUUCGUUGAAGGACUGCGCAGCAGGACACUCAAGUCUCUGAAGCCCAAACUGGGGAUGAUGCAGAUGAUCCUGGAGCCGUUUUUUAAAUCCGAGGUGUACGACAUCACCCUGGUUCCCAUCAGCAUCAGCUACGAUCGCGUCCUGGAGGAAUCCCUGCUUGCUCACGAGCUGCUCGGCGUCGCCAAACCCCGAGAGACCACCAGGGGUUUACUGAAGGCCCGGCGAGUACUGGAGGAAAAUUACGGCUGCAUGCACGUGCAUUUCGGGACCCCGGUGUCUGUGCGAGAGCUGGCUGGGGGGAGGAUCCACCGCGGGCAGUACAACCUAAUCCCCAGGGAUCUGCCCAUAAGGCUCAGUGCGGAGCUGCAGGAGUUCACUUCUGAUGUCGCUCACUUGUUGGUGCGGUUGCAGGAGCAAGGCCUGGUUCUCCAGCCGUGGAGUCUCAUGGCUCUGGUCCUGCUCCAGAACCCAGAUGGUGUGGACUGGAACACGUUUACCCAUAAAACCCUGCGCCUGAAGACACUUGCUGCUCAACUUGGAGCUCGAAUCGACUGGCCUGUGCAGCUUCCUGACUCGGAGGUGAUGUCGUCCAGUAUGGCCCUGCAUCACUCUGUAGCGCGCCUCGAGAACGGGCGUGUCCGACUGGUCGAGGAGGCGCGGCCGGGACCCGUCACUCAAGAGGAGGCCGUGCUCAAUCGAGCGUCGGCGGUGCUCAUGUGCGCCUCCUACAGGAACCACGCGCUGCACGUGUUCACCCGUCCCACCCUGGUGGCUGUUGCCAUGACAACGGCUCCAAGCUACAGCCAAGAGGACGUCUUUACUCGCUUUUGUUUCCUGCAAGAUCUUUUCUCAAACGAGUUUAUCUUCAUGCCAGGCCAUGCAGCGCAGGAUUUUGAGGAGGGCUGCUCCGGCCUGCUGCGAUGUGGAGCCCUGAGCAGCUCCGAACACGGACUGAGGCUGAUGGAAGAUGAGCGGGACACCAUCGCCGUCCUCGGCUCCGCUCUUGGGCCGUUUAUUCAAACCUACCAGGUGGUGUUUCGAAUUUUGCUUGAGGAGACAUUUCAGACGUUUACGGAGAAACGGUUCGUGCCUGACGUCCGCGCUGCCGUCAUGAAGCUUUUCCUCUCAGGUGAGAUUCUGUCGUACGAGUGUUUGUCUUCCGACACACACAAGAACGCUCUGUCGGCUCUGGUCAGGAUGGGGGCCGUCUCCAAAUCCAAGGAAGCUGACCAGAUCGAGUACAGGGUGAACCAAGGUGCAGUGAGAAGACUACAGGACACACUGGGUGGUGAUGUCACGUCCAAGGUGCCGCUGUUCUCGAGACUGUAACGCGACCCUCCAUUUCUGCUCCUUUUUUUUUUUUUUAAAGAAAUAACGAGUUCAAGUAGGACCAUAAUCUGAGCCUUAUUAAUUACAAAGUAAUACCAGCUAAAUGUAGGGCAUUCCCAGAAUUCCUUGCUCUAUCGUGCAAUAAAGGAAUUGGGCAGCUGAUGUCACUUAGAGGUGUAGAAGUUUUCAGAACAUUAAAUCAUAACCACUGUAUAGCUGCUGUUAACUGUAAUAUUAUCAGUUAUUACAAGUAUUAAGCCAUGUGUAGGUUUACAGUAAAGUACAGUAGAUGCGUGAGUAUCCCUGUCUGUUCCUUGCUGAGGUGUAAUUGUAGAUAUUUUAAUUUGUAGAUAGUAAUUUAUAAUACAAAAAAACAGACUAUAAUAAUAAUAGUGUUUCAAAGCGAUGAGAAAUAGCACAAUUUAUACUAAUGUAUGAUACACUGGGAAUUAAAAAUGUUUCAUAAUUAAUGAACCCGAUUU